CACUCACACACACAUGUACACCAGGACGUGAGCAAGCAUCAGCAGAGGCAUCAGGUGGUGGGUGCUGUGUAGGAGCUGCUGGUUGGGUGGCGAUUGUACACGCGAACGCGGGGUAACGGUGUCAGUUGUUUGUAGCAUGAAUUAAGAUAAUACAUAUUAUUAUCAUUUAUCAUAAUCCGUGGUUUUGUAGUCCGUUUACUAAGAUAUUAUUAUAUGUCCGUGAGCCCGUUGUAUAUUCGAAGUAUACAAUAAUAAAAGAGUUUUUAAAAGAGCCCUAGUACAACUGUUGUUGUUACAGACUACCACUAUUAUUAUAAAUAGAUUAGUGGAUUAGCACUGAAUAGAUUAGUCUCAUGCUCUCGAAUUUCGACUCUCCGUGAUAUUAACUGUUUACUAGGUAUAUCAUGAUUCCUGAUACUCUCAUGGAAAAUUUGAAAUUAUGCUGCGUCCAUAGUAAUAUAGUUUCACGUUGGACGUUUAAUGUAUAAACUAUAAGAAAGCCACUGCCUUUGUCAAUUGUCAUUUAUCAUUCCUAUGGCUUAUGAUUGUGAGAAACGGUUAUUGAAACAAUUUCUGGAUGGGGUUGAAACAAAUGAACUAUGUAAAAUCGUCCGAUCCAUCUACCAUGGUGGUGGAAUAUCUGCAAAUACCAGAGAAGAUGCCGAAUUGUUACUAUUGUCUCAACCUGCUGUGCGGGUACUAUCCAAUAAAAAAGUACAAAUAACUACGUUGUUGAAGUUUUUAAUUUCAAAAGGUUUAAUACCUACUACUGAUAUGACCAAAGCAGAUUUGUGUUUGGCUUUUAAGUCAUUAAUCGAAAGUCAGCCAGACUAUAUCAGACCGCCAGUACAACCUAUUCAAAUGUCUGUCCCUAAUAAUAUGCUUGAAGUUUCUCAGAAUAACAAUAUGAUGCAUACUCAACCAUAUCAAGCAGCUGUCCAAAUGAUGCCUAUGCCAACACCAAUUACCAAUGCACUAGAACCCAAUACAAAAUCUCGGAAAGAUCGUGAUAAUGAAUUACUAGAAGAAUUUAUUGAAAUGUUUGCUAAACAUUUUUAUGAUUUAUUAAAUGAUCUUGGUAAUCCAGGAAAAAAUCAACUGGACUGUCGUCAUUUUUAUGAAAAUUGUACAAUGUCAUUGAAAAUUCUUGGUGGAAAAGAUGAAAUCUAUGAGACUUGUGAUGAUUCUACAUCUACAUUGCAGUGUUUAUUAAGUAUUAAGAAAAGUCACUUACUCUUUUUUUCACCACAUUUAGGCAAUGUUAAAUGGAAAAAAGAAUCACAUGGUUUAGUAAAGGUGCAUAUUGGGGGUACACUUCAUCAAGGUGUUGGAAGAAUUGUUGGAAUGUUUGAACAGCAAUUCAUACUUAGAGAAGAUCCUCAAGCAGAAAACACAUGGAAAAUUCUUAACACCAAUUUUAUGAUGAAAAGUAUGGACUUAAUAACAGCUGGAACUACUUUAAAAAUACAAGGACCUCAUCAAACAAAUAAUUUACAAAUUGAUAAUGUUUAGUGGUACUGUCAGUAUAUUUGGUAAAUGACUUGCUCAAAGUUUUAAUUGUAUUCUUUUCUCAAAUUUGAAUAAUGCAAUUAUAUGAAAAUAUGUAACUUUAUUAACAAUUUUUUAUUAAAAGUUAAAUCUUAUACGGUGAUAUUUA